GUGGCCAAGAACGGUAACGUAUACGUAACCAACCCGCCGGAAGUUAGUCGAAUGAAUUCCAUGUCCCGGAAAUGAUAACUUAGUUUCAGUACAAAAUCUUCUUCGACCUUUUAUGAGAUAAAAGGCGCUUCCUCUUCAAGAAAAUGCGUUUUUCAUAACAACGCCCGUACCUGAUUCAGCUGGGUAAAGGAUUGUCACAAGAUGGGUGUUACACGGAGAAGACUUUUCAAUGAUGUUCAGCAAGUUGUGCUGCUCUUCCUGGUAUUGUUGAUACAGGAAGUGGUUCAAGCUGCGUACCUAGCAGCAGAUCUACAUACAGAGAAGUUGGGAAAGUCUGUCCUCACCAACAGUUGUCCUACAUUCUGUCAGUGUGACACAAACUCCAACACGAACUGUACCUUGGAGUACGGUGUGACCUCUCUAGAUGAUGUUAACUUCCAAAAGUUGUUGCUAUCAGAUCUUACGUUGACUGGAAACUACUCCUGUAUUCCCAAAGAAUUUCAAGGACAAUUGUCCAUUCAAACUCUAAAAUUUACAAACAGUUUUUUAGUAUCUCUCUUCUGUAAAAGCUGGGUUGAUUUACCAAACGUUGUGGAUAUGGACCUGAGUCAGAAUUACAUAAGCCUCUUGCAAUACCCACAUUUUAGUUCUUCUGUAAAGUUAAGAAGUCUCAACCUCAGUAGAAAUGUGAUAUGCCAGAUUGAUUCUCAAACAUUUGAGAAACAGAGUCUGCUGGAGAACCUAGAUUUGAGUCAUAACCAGCUAUCUACCUUGGAUGACAAGGUGUUCGACACUUUGACCAGUCUCACGCACCUUGAUUUGAGCCACAACUAUCUGAGUCAUGUCCAUGAUUCUGUCUUCAAAAGUCUACUUAAACUUACAUCUUUAAAACUGGACAAUAAUAAAAUCAAGGUGAUGAGUUUUGACAAUGUACAGGUUUUGCCGUCUAUCCAUUCAGUGUCUCUCUCUGGAAACAACUGGGAAUGUUCGUGUAUGUUGGAAUCACUACUGAAAUACGUACAAUCCAGGCCACAGAAGUUUGUGAACGAUGACCCAGCUCGUUGCUUAGUUCCUGAGAGUUUGAAUAACAAGUUAUUGUCGGAGGUCCCUAUCUCGGAUCUACCCUGCUCGCAGCCAAAUAUAUCUCAGGUUUCUCACAAUCGGAAUUUCCUGGUCAGGAAUGAUGUAUAUUUGGCCUGUGGAACAAGCAUAUUUCCUCACGCCCAAAUCUACUGGCAGAAUGCCAGGGGUCAGGUUUUUGCCCAUCCAACUGUUCGCCUGGACUGGAAGAGUUUGAACAUUUCUAGUGUAAAAGCCAGACGUGAGUAUGUCUGGCCUGUGGAGUGUACAGACAAGAAUACUGUUGUACGUGCAGAAAUUGAUGGAAGCUUGUACUUUGACAAUAUCCAUGGGAGUUUCGCUGGUGAUUACACAUGUUUUGCAGUCAACAAGGGUGGUCAGACCAAUGUAACAAUUAACGUCAUGGUGAUCAGUUCUAUUCGGCCGGUGUUCUAUGAGGGUCUCAUCUAUGGUGCUGCCUCUUCAGGUCUGAUGCUAGUUAUUGCCAUCUUUGUUGGCAUUAUGAAGACGUGUAGGUCCUGCUGCAAGAAAUUGACAUGUUCCUGUCAUUGUUACUGCUGCUGUUGUUGCAGAAAUCCUCAAAAUGAGCUCAAAAAAGGGAUGGAUUCUGAGGAAAACAUAUCAGCGGCUUCCUCCAUCCUUGAUGACUGUGAAUAUACUAGUAGCCAUUACAAGUCUGAUGAUGAUUAUGACGACUCCAAGUCUCCAUUAAGCUGGGGUCAAUCCUCAAGGUCGUCACCACAGAAAUGCGUCACUCCAACAGUAGAAUCAAAAGAGAGAUGGCAAAACAUUUCUGGUACCUUGGACGAGGUUAAGAUUCAACUUGAAAGGAGGAUGGAAAAAGUGCGCUGUCAUGUCCACAGUAUGAGGGAGUCUGGAUCUCAAUAUAUCAUGACAAUCAAGGACACAGGAUCUCAGGCGGCUACAAGGGUCAAGGCCGGUAUGGUGCUAGGGGUUGAGCAAGUCAAGUCUGGUGUCAUGUCAAUGAAGGAGUUUUGCGGGACAGGAGAGAUGGGCACACAGACUAUUUCUGUGAUUUCGGUGUCAACAGACAUUGAUACCCAAAAACAGACGGAGGUGGUCAAGUCAAUUAAAAUAACUUAUGUAUAAUGGUAUAUAUAAUGGAUGGUUUAUAUAUUUUUUAUAUGCAGUCUUUGUAUCAUACAAUUUCUGAUGUGUACUAUGUAUGCCAAUGACCUUAGUGGUUUUUAUGGAUCCACCUAUAGCUAGUGGUCCCUAGUUUCCUACCAAUCCCUACACUAUUGGUCCUUGGACACCCACCCCCACCUUAUAGUCACUACGGUUUCACUUAGUAAUCAUUGAUCCCUGUGACUGCUCCUAGUGGUCUAUAUGGCUCCCUCUAGUGGUUUCCAUGACUCUGUAUGGCUCCUUUAGGACUUAUGUCUCUCUCUAUUGGUCCCUGUUGCUCCCCCAAGUGGCCUAUGUGGCACUUCUUGGUGGUCCCUUCAGCUACACUUGUCUGUCCCAGUGACUUAACCCUUAUUACCCUAUUGGUCCCUUUAGCUCUAGAUUUCCUUAUUGUUCCUAUGACCCUUGUGAUUUCCUGUAAUAGCCGGUAUAGCUAGUGGUCCGGGGAACUCCCUAUCGCUCCCUCUAUUGGUCUUCCUUGAGGUCCCUUUGGCAACACUUACAGAUUCUGUGACUGCAAUGUUGAACCUACUGGUUUCUUUGACCAUUGUGAUUUCUUAUAAUAGCCCCUAUAGUUAUUGAUCCCUAUUGUUCCUUCUAUCAGUCUCUGUGGUUCCCCUUUUGUCCCUGUAGCUCCCCCUGGGAGUCUGUGUAGACCUUCCUAGUGACCCCUAUCACUUUUACAGUCCAUAUGACCCCUGUGGUUUCCACUUAUAGCUCCCGACUCCAUUAGCAGUCACAGAAGCUCAUUCAACUGGAUCCAAUGGCUCUCCCUAUGGGUCUUUGUAUACCUUACUAGUGGCCCCUAUCACUUUUGCAGUCCAUAUGACCCCUGUGGAUUCCUCUAUUAGUUCCUGAGACUUCAUCAGUGGUCCCUGUGGCUCCUCCAAUCUGUUCCAGUGGCUCUCCCUUGGGCCCCUUUUGGUCCUCCAAGUGGCCAUGGUCCCCGAGGCUCCUGUGGAUCCCAAAAGUAGGUAAUGUAAUGUAUCCUAUUAGACAUUGCAUUGUGUCUCUAGCUUUAGUAAAUGGCUCCUGAGACAUCGUCCUUAGGGAUCCCUGUAGGUCUUUAAAGUGGUCCCUGUGACAUGACUCACUAUAGCAUUCAUGUCACUCCCUAGUUUCUAUAUGGGUCUCCCUAAUUAUAUAAGUUGUCAUGGUGAUUAUUUCUUUUGUGCCUUGUGGCUCUUCCUAAUGGACUAUGUGGUUUUCCCAAUUUGUCAUCAUAGUGUGUCUCUGCCUAUAGAUAUUGGUCCCUGCGUUUCUCCCUUAACUGAUGAUUCACCCCUGAAAUUUCAUAAUGAACUAUUCCCACCUUUGAAUUGAAUUGGAAGAGUUCAAAUGUGUCUUCAGGGGUGAAUGAGUUAAUGGUUGCUGUAGGCAGCCCCUCAAAGGGGUUCUUGGUUCCUGUGUCUCUCCCUAUUUGUUUCUGUCGUUCGCUCUUGUGAUCAAUAUGACUUUUCCAACCUCUGUAUCUUCAUGUACUAUUAUAUGUUUGUUAUUUUUAAGUUUGAAGGUAUUUAUAUCAUAUGUCAUAAAGGUGUAAAACUGUUGUAAUUU